GAUUUCAAACAAUGACGUUUUUGACAUUGUUUUGAUCGUAAUCCAAGAAUAUCCCAUGAUAUAAAUAUUACGUGUACUCUAAGCACUGGGUAAAAAAGAUACUGAAUGCUCUAACUGAAAAUGUUUAUAUUUCUUAAAAGCUCGUCAAUAAUUUGUUAAACAUGGAGAUUCCAUAUAGAAAGAUUGCGAUUUACGUAUUGACAUUCGUAGCCUAUGCUUACACUGGCAUGGGCUCGAGUAUGUUACGAAACUUAAAAGAUGCAGUUUUAUCGGCUGAGUCUGUGUUUGGAGACAUGUUUAAGAAUGCUAUUACUGUAGCCGAGAAGUUCAGAUCUCUUCAUGAAGUCUUCGACGCAGCUGUGGAAGAGAACUGCAUAUUUAGUUGCCCUGAAGGAUCGAAACCAGUUCGCAACAGAAACCACAUUCCUUCUUCUGAUGGCUGUGGUUCCCUUGGCUUUGAAAUUGCAUCAGAAUACUUGCCGCUUGAAGAAAUGACGAAAUGUUGUGAUUCACAUGAUAUCUGCUACGAUACUUGUAACAGUGGGAAAGAGGCUUGUGAUCUUGAGUUCAAAAGGUGCCUCUACAACUACUGUGAUAGUUACAAGUCGGUAAAUGUAGCUGGAGAUACAAUUACAAAAGGUUGCAAAGGAGCAGCAAAAUUACUAUUCACUGGCACUCUAACACUUGGUUGUAAGUCCUAUUUGGAUGCACAGAAAAACGCAUGCUAUUGUCCACCAGUAAAAAAUAAUAAAUAUAAGAAAUACCCAGGAAAUGGAGACUUAUAAUCAGGCUUCUUUUUUGCUGUUUGAUUGUCCUUAGUUUACCAAAGAAUGUGGCUAAAAGCUUUUGUGAUAUAUAUUUAUUCAAAUUUUAUUUAAAAGUCUUUGAAUAGGACUCCAACUAGAAUAUGUAGUUCUCACCAAAUUCAAUGGGUCUGAAACUAAAUGUAUUGCACAUGUAUGCAAUAUGGACAGCAUCUCCUCCACCCACAGAUAUCAAAAUAUUCCACACAACUUGUGCAAUGUUCCAUGACAGAAAAAAGUUUGGUGAGAACUGUAUUAAGAAUAAUGUUGAAUUGGAUUAAUUUUAAUAAAUUUCAAAAGAUGGUUGGCAACAUGUGUCAUAAGUCAGGUCCUUAUUAUGAAGUAGGUAUUAAAAUUAGUAUUAAGUGUAAUAUCAAAGUGAUUUAACAUGUACUUUGUUUAUACCUUUUUUAUAUGAAAAAAUAAAAGUUGGUUUGUUUA